AUGGCUUGGCGGAGGCCGGUUUUUCGCCGCGCUCGAUACUUUUCUGAAGCCACGGUUGGGGAGUUUUAUUGCAUGAGCCUGCACGAUUUUCUGCUCGACGCCGCCAAGGAAGAUCCUGGUCGUACUUUCAUAGAAUACGAUGGGACGCAAUACCCGUUCUUCAUGGUUGCCGAACAGGCCAAGAUGGUUGCCGCAGGGCUCCGGCAACAUGGCGUGGGCGAAGGUGAAUCGGUGGGCGUGAUGCUGCCCAAUGUGCCGCCGUUCGUCACUUCUUACUACGGCACGCUCAUGAACGGCUCUAUCUUCGUGCCGAUGAACGUGAUGCUGCAGCCGGAAGAAGUGCAGUACCUGAUUGAAGACAGCCAAAUCAAAGCCAUUGUGGUGCUCGACAUGUUUUUGGCCUCGGUACACGCGGCCGUGUCGAAGCUCGAGAAUCCGCCGCUUGUCUUCGUUCUGCCCAGCGGCAAGAUCGAACCGCCGGCUGAGAUGGCCGAACAUAAGAACUACAUGGAACUGAUGGCAGAAGCCGGAGAGUCGUUCGCCCCGGCCGAGAUGGAUCCCGCGUUGCCGAUCAUGACGCUGUACACCUCGGGCACCACGGGCAAGCCCAAGGGUGCACAGAUCACUGGGUCCAACAUUCUGGCCAACCUCGACAUGAUGGAAUCGAUCAUCGAUGUCGAACCCGAGGACAAGGCGCUGUGCGUGUUGCCGCUGUUCCACUGCUUCGCUUUGAACGGCGUGUUAAACGGCUCGGUUCGCAACCGCACGGCCGUGGUGCUGCAACCGCGAUUCGAUGUGGAUGCCUGCGUGGCCAGCCUGAAGAAUGACGGGAUUACCUCAUUCGCUGGCGUGCCGACGAUGUUCUUUUAUCUGCUGAAGCAUCCAGAGUUCGGCAAAGAAGUUGCCAAGACGCUGCGGUACUGCAUCUCGGGCGGUGCGGCGAUGCCGAUGGAGGUGAUGAGCCAGUUCGAGAAGGCGACUGACGUGCCGAUUUACGAAGGUUUCGGUAUGACCGAGACCACGGUGAGCGUGUGCAUCAAUCGGCCCGACAAUCGUAAGCCGGGCUCGAUCGGCACUCCGUUCGAAGGCGUGGAGAUGAAGAUCUUCGACGACGAUGACAACGAGGUGCCCAAUGGCGAAGUGGGUGAGUUGGUCGUCAAAGCUCCCAACGUGAUGUGCGGCUACUUGAACAAAGAGGAAGACACGGCCGAAGCGAUGCGGAGCGGCUGGUUCCACACCGGCGACAUGGGCUACCGCGACGAAGAUGGCUUCUUCUUCAUUGUCGACCGCAAGAAAGACAUGAUCAUCAAGGGUGGGUUCAACAUCUAUCCCCGCGAGAUCGAAGAAGUUCUUUACCGCUUGCCGCAGGUGGCCGAAUGUGCGGUGGUCGGUGUGUUCGACGAAGUGAAAGGCGAGCAGGUGCAGGCCGUCAUCGCGACGAAGCCCGACACCAAGCUGACGGCCGAAGAGGCCGAAGCCCAUCUUCGCGAGCAUCUGGCCAAGUACAAGUUGCCGCACGACUACACGUUCAUCGAAGAACUGCCCAAAGGCCCCACCGGCAAGAUCCUCAAGCGCGAAAUCCGCGACAUGUGGGUUCAGUGGAAUCGCGACCGGGUGCCGGCCAAGACCUAG